AGUUUCUCAUGGUGUACUUUUCGCCGGCUAUCUGCCACGUUGAGGUGUUCCGGAAGGAGCCGCCAGCAGCUUUCAUCAUUGAUUUUAAAAUCACUUUUCACUUCACAUAUAAUACUUUCACAAUAUUGAUGUAAAUGAGAGUGUAGAAUAUUAGUGUGAAAGUCAUCUUGCCAAAUCUCAUUCUGCAAAACAGUCAUACAAGGUUUAAGCCAUGAAGGUGAAGGACAUCGGCCGAACUGCCAACAUGGCAUGGAGCCCCGCGGGGCAGUACCCCAUCUACAUUGCUACUGGAACGGCAGCUCAGCAGUUGGAUGCGACAUUCAGUACCUCCGCCGCCCUGGAGAUCUUCUCCUUGGACCUGGACAAGAAAGGGCUGGAGAUGGAGAGAGCAGCCACUCUCAGCUCCGAACACAGGUUUCAUAAGUUGGUGUGGGGCAACUAUGGAAUGAACAAGGGCGACUUUGCCAAUGGAACUGUCAUUGGCGGAACAGAUAACGGGGGCAUCUAUGUUUACGAUGCGGCAAAAUUAUUGUCUGGUAGCGAAGCUCUGAUUCAUAAAAUGGACAAACACACAGGAGCAGUGAGGGCCCUGGACGUAAACCCAUUCCAGUCAAACCUAUUAUCAUCCGGAGCAAGCGACUCAGAAAUAUUUAUUUGGGAUCUCAACAAUGCUGGAACGCCCAUGACACCUGGGGCAAAAUCGCAGCCUGCCGAUGAAAUCAGCUGUGUAGCAUGGAAUCGUCAGGUCCAGCAUAUCUUGGCGUCCACCUGCCCCGGUGGCCGAUGUGUAGUGUGGGAUCUGAGGAAAAACGAACCUAUCAUUAAAGUUACCGAUCAUAGCUCAAGAAUACGAUGUAAAGCAGUGGCCUGGCACCCCGAUGUUGCUACACAGAUGAUGCUAGCGUCUGAAGACGAUCACUCACCGGUCAUCCAGAUGUGGGAUCUCCGCUUUGCUACCUCUCCCCUCAAAGUUCUAGAAAACCAUCAGAGGGGUAUCUUAUCGAUUGCCUGGUGUCCUCAGGACCCUGACCUUCUCCUCAGCUGCGGCAAGGACAACCGCAUCAUCUGCUGGAAUCCCAACAGCGCCGUCGCCGGUGGAGAGGUCGUCUACGAGCUCCCGACGUCCGCUCAGUGGAGCUUCGAUGUCCACUGGUGUCCAAGGAACCCUGGCUUGAUCUCGGCAUCGUCCUUCGAUGGCCAUAUCAGCGUGUAUUCGUUACUUGGAGGAGGUGGCGUUGAUAACUCGGUGCAGCAACAGCAAGCUAAUCAGAUUGCUUCAUCGUUCCCAGGUUCAGACCCGUUCAAUCGACCAACCCCUCAGCAACAGACUCCAAAGGAACCCGUCAUGCUCAAGAAGCCGCCCAAGUGGCUCCGGACACCAGUAGGGGCAUCCUUUGCAUUUGGUGGCAAGCUGAUCUCGUUCGAGAGUCCCAAGCAGCCACCCAACCAGCAGCAACAGGCGGUACCUCAGGCAAGGCCGGUUCACAUCAGUCAGGUCAUCACCGAGACGGAUCUCAUCAACAGGUCAAACACACUGGAGGAAGCCCUCUCCAAGGGGACCUUCGUGGAAUUCUGCAACAGCAAGAUCAAGCAAUCCCAGAACGAGCUGGACACCCAGAUCUGGAGGUUUCUGAAGGUAAACUUUGAAAAGGAACCACGCAGUCAUUUUGUGAGUUUGUUGGGUCACGAUUCUCACGAGCUGGCGAGGAAAGCUGCCGUCGCUACUGGAGCGUCCAUGGGCCUCACCAAUGGCAGUUUAGAAGGGGACGGUGUUGAUGCAGAGGAGCUUGCCGAGAGGAUGCAGAGAUUAUCAGGAGGAAGCCUGGAGCAGGAGGCUAAGCUUGGUAGUGGGUCAAAGACACCAAAUGACAUGUAUGGGGAUGGCGACGGCGCAGCAGCCUUCGAUGCCAUCGUAGCAGCAGGUCCAGUAGAGGUAGAGAAUAGAGGGAAAGAAGAUGUCGGAAGGUCAGCAUCACCGUUCACGAUAUCGCAAGAAGAUGACACCAAUGGUCUUGUCAGUCAAGCCGUCAUCACAGGCAAAUUUGAGAUCGCCGUUGAGCUGUGUAUCCAUGACAACCGCAUGGCUGAUGCAAUCCUCCUUGCCAUCGCAGGGGGUCCGGAACUCUUAGCGAAGACGCAGCGAAAAUAUUUUCAGAAGACCAAGAGCAAUAUUUCCAGGUUAAUAUCGUCAAUCGUCACGAAAGAUGUCCGUGAUCUGGUACAGAAUACAGAGCUGGAGAACUGGAAAGAAGCCCUCACCGCUCUGCUGACGUACAGCCAACCUAAAGAAUUCUCAACGUUAUGUGAUAUACUUGGUCAGAGGUUAGAGACUGAGGGUAAUGGUAAAUUAGCAGCUCAGGCCUGUUUAUGCUACAUCUGUUCCGGUAACGUAGACAAGCUGGUCUCGUGCUGGGCUCAAGUCAAUCAUGCCGCUACGUCCCCCAUGUCACUACAGGACCUUGUUGAGAAGGUUGUGACCCUUCGGAAGGCCAUUGAGCUGAAGGUCGGCUACGCCCCAGAGAUCUCAUCACCCAUCUUAGCCAACAGAUUGACAGAAUACGCUCAUCUAUUAGCAUCGCAAGGCAACCUGAACACUGCCAUGAACUACCUAGGACAAUCACAUGAGGCUAAGAUUUUAGAAUUGAAGGACAGGUUACACAAAGCACAGAGCGGAGACAGCAGAACCCAAUCGCCAUGGAAACAAGUCAACGUUCCUUCACAGCCAGCCCAACAGCCUCAGAAUCUUGGGGUGAAUUCCUUCCAAACAACAACAGUGUCGAGCAGUUCCUUCUACAAUUCACAGGUUACCUCUAGACUUCAAGGAAACACCUACCAACCCCAGGGACAACCACAGCAUCCACAACAGCCACAGCCGAAUGUCAACCAGGCAACGUAUGCUUCCACUCAGGCAACAGCUGCAACAUCAGCCACCACCACCACCACUUCGCAGUCGAAUAUGAGAAUGAAGGCAGGUGGUCCUAGGCAGUAUCCGUCGUACCCUCAGACGGGCAUGCAGCAGUAUUACUCAAGAGAGGCUCCAGGUAUGAACAACCCCGGUGAGGUUGGUCAACAGCCAGGGUUCCAGACGCAAGGGUUUGGCCAAACACAACCUUACACCAACCCUCAGACUAGCACGGCGCCAGCACCCCAACCUGGUGGCUUCUACAAUCCAAUGGACUACGGUACGCAGAAUCCGGCGGUCUCCCAGCCCGUGGCCACACCAGGUCUCGGUGGAUACCAACAGCCUCAACCAACAGUAUCCUCUGCCCCUAGCCAGUAUGCACCUGUUCCUACAUCGAGUCAUUCCACGCUGGAAAGCAAUGACCCAAAGAAGGCGUGGAACGAUCCUCCACUCCUUAAACCUAAAGCACAACCCACUGCCUACGUACCCCCGCAGCCCAUUACCGCCCCUAUCAUGGGCGUCCCCGCAGAGGAACCUCAACCUGGCUACCAACAACCGACUGGCUAUCAACAACAACAACCACCUCAACAAUACAAUCAACAACAGAACCAGCAGGUACAACAAGAACAAUAUGUCCAGCAAGAGCUUCAUGCCCCCCAAGAUAAUGCACCUGUCAAGACAGCCCAGUCAGCACCAGAGAAACCCAAGUCCCCGCUACCGGCCGAACACCAAUUCCUCUGUGAUACGUUCAAUGCUCUUGCACAAAGAUGCGGGGCUUCCCCUUCCGUUAAUGCUCAAAUGAAGCGGAAACUAGAGGAUGUUCACAGAAAGUUGGAAGUUUUAUAUGACAAGCUGAGGGAAGGAACGCUCUCAGCGAUGAUCCUCCAAGGUCUCCACGAGAUCGCCCACGACAUCGGGACGUACAACUACCAACACGGCCUGGGAGUCCACACGCGACUGGUUACCAGCGGGAACUUCUCCGAAAUCAGUGCCUUCAUGCCCGGCCUCAAGGUCCUCAUGCAGCUGGCCACGCAGCUUAGAGUAUGAAGCACCGCGCGCUCCGUUCAGACGUGAUGCGGAAAAUGGCAGCAGAGAAUCCGGGGGGUGUUUUACAAAGAGUUGGUUUGACCUGUAAGAGUCAUGCUUAAAUGCCAACACGCACAUGUUUUUUAACGUGUGCUGUAAUCUGAAUGAUGGGUACGUGGUAGUGAGCUUCCCAUACACAUGGUCUAGGCAUCCAUCGUCUUACAUAGAGUUACGAUUGAUCCGAUCAACCUCAAGUAUGUGGAAAUCCAUCAAUGUCAUUAUUCAGUCUCCAGGAAAUCUGCACAAUGUCCUUUGUAAACAAAGAUAAGCACACUGAAUUUUCAAGAAAACUAUGAAUUUAUGAAUGGACAUUAUAUCUAAAACAUAUGUUGAACAAACAUGCUUUUUAGAUGAUGAUGUUGCUGGCUUUCCAUAGUUGUGGUUGAUUGGAUCAAUCGUAAUUCUCUGUAAGACGGGGCCCUAACCUAUGAGGUGAUGCAUUAUGUACCGCACGCAACUGAAAUUUUAAGUUACACUUGAAUCUUUGUGAAACGCCCUCCUGAUGAGGUAGACAUGUCACACUUGUGUUUUUCAUAACCUAUCUCACUCGGAAACUGAUUUCACAGAGUCCUAAGAACUAUCAAAGUUACCUUGUUAUAUCAAGGGCCUCUGAUGUAAAACAGAUGCGAUCAAUAUUGAUGAUCGAUUGUAACGUGUACAUGGUUGUUGCCAUUGACUUACAGUUGGGAUUGAUUUUUGCAUUUGAUUGUAUUGUUUAUGUAACAGGGCCCCGGUUAAUAAAGAAAAAGCAACAAUAGUUAAAUGUAGAGAGCCGAAUAUAGCGAGCAGAGUAUUUGAUGCAGUUGAACCUAAUUUGAUAAGGUCAGUAAGCCAGCAGGACCAUCACAUCACCUUGUUAUAUAACGAUCAUUAUGUUAUGUCAGAAGCGGAAUAUCUUGUUAUAUUACAUAGGUUAUGUAGAUUCGAAUCAGUGAUAGGUCAAUACGUCAUCACGUGACCAUAGCUGCGAGGAUCGCAUUUGUUAUAUUCUAGGUUUUGACGUCACCUCAGGGAAUAUACUGCGUUGUAUUGUCAAUUGCGGCGUUAUAUUCACUAAGGUGACGUCACUCGCUGCAUACAAGUUGCGUAACAAGGCAGUUUAUUUGAUGUACGUGCUAAUGUUAACGCGUCGAUUGCAUGAAGAACGCGCUUGAUGUAUUUAAAAAAAAAAAAAUCUAUUAUGACGUAGAUGGAUCAGAGCUGUAGCAAGAAUUUCGGGUUUUGAACCAGAUGAUGAAUGCAAUUUCUGAUGGCGAAUCCACAUAGACUAUAUGAUAUAACAGAUAUUGCCUGGUCUAUCGUUUUAAUAAAUAACAUUUCAUCUCCCCUCCGAAGCUAUAUUUUUCCCUCGGGAUAAUAUUUUCCCUCAGCGCUGCGCGCUUCGGGCAAAACAUAAUCCCUUGGGAAAAAUAUAACUCUGUCGGGGAGAGGAAAUGUUAUAUUCAAACUCUAGGUAGGCAAUAUCUGUAUAAUAUCUGAUAAUGGAAACACAAUGCCUUGUUAUAUUGGGUAACAGAAGCAACAUGUCUUUUUACAUCGGGUACUGGAAGCGGAAUAUCUUUUUACAUCUCCUAAUGGAAGUGGAAUUUCUUGUCAUAUGGAGUUAUGGAAGUGGAAUAUCUUGUUAAAUUAAGUAAUGGAAACAGAAUAUCUUGUUAUUUUGGUUUAUAGAAUCAGAAUGUCAAAAGCUUGGAAGAGCAGUGAAUGCACAUUCGACACAGGUUUGAAGAUGUCGUUUUACCAUUGUGUAUGAACAAGCCCAUUGAGUGCUUACCUGACACAGUGAUAUGAGCUGUUGAUAAGGUACACUGUGUUCAUGUUAGGUACUUAAAACGUAAUGCCAGUCACAUCGCCGAAACUGACUCCAGACCGACCAAGCUAUUAAUUCUUUUCCAUUGACUUACAUCGUGACUUGUAUAAAUCAAUUGAUUACAUAACCCUUGAUGUACUCUAUCUUUCAUGCUAGAAUUCGGUUUUACAAACGUAUCAUUAACAGUAGCUCUGUUAUCAGUUUUAUCUUGAAAUUACGAGUGUGACCUUGUUCAGCAACUAGUAUUAAUGACAGAGUUAUCAUCGAUUGUAGGCAUUACGUCGCAGAGACUUGGAAAGUGUAGCAUGCUUUGGCUUCAAGAUCUUGGUACAAGAACGGCAAAUCCUUUGAACAUCUACAUCUGACCCCCUAUAUCUUGGCCUUUCCGGAAAGUUGUUAUCUCAAUUUUCUAAUUAUGAAAAUAUGCAGUUCUCUGAAGUGGUAAUGACUUGAGCAGCAAAAACAUGAAGUUAUUUUAUGGAACUGCCGAAGGUAAAACUCAAACAGUUACAUUGUUUGCAUGCCUAUUGUUUGGACAUGUGCGAGAGUUAAUUAAGAGAAAACUUUAUGUUGACGGAGCAAUAUGAUAGUUGAUAGCAAAGGGUUAUUUUAACAUCAAUAUUUGAGUGGUGGGAAACGCUAUUUAAUGGUAGAUUUAUGUGUUUUAUCAUACCUAUGUUACCUUAUUUUUCAUUAAAAGACUUCUUUUUAAACUAAGGGAAAUUGUUAAAGUAAUCAUUAAACAAUGUAGAAUUAUUAACAAAUCGUAGGAAUCCAUGUUCUUGCAUGUUUUUUCUGUACUUUGCCGAAGAGAGUACAAAAUAUUAAAAAUCAAUGAAAAGGAGCAUGUAUCAAGCUAUUUUUCCUAAUUAUUUGUGAAUGGAUAUUCCAUUUUUGACAUUGUCAUAUGCCAGUGUCAAUCUUUUUUCUACUUAAACUUUAAAGGGACAUCUUCGGGCAUCAAUCUGCUCUCCGGUGGAGAUGAUAUGGUUGUUACUGUUAUGAACAUUUUUCUAUCCUUUCGCAACAAAAAAUUUGAAAUUUAUAAAAUUCUUUCAAAACCAUCUGAAACAUAUUGCCACUAACCCCUUUGCAACAUGUUUCAUCUUUAUAAUAUUCCUUUUAAUUGCAUUUUUCUUGUUCGGUUUCUUUGCCCCCCCCCCCCCCCUCUUGUGUUUGAAAGGCAAAUUGGUUAAUGUCUACUACAUUCCUGUUCAGUGCUCCACUGAUUUUAUCGUGCAAAAAUGGGAUGGCAAAACUGAACUUAGGCUAUCACUGCAUUCUGUCUCGUUUGUGUAUGUCUUAUUUAUUCCAUAAUCCCUUACAAAAUUAUGAUAUUGUUUUGCUUCUUAAAUGAUCAAUGUUUUAGCCAUUUUAUUUUAUUCUUUUACUGUAGAACAUCCUCACAUACAUUUAUCUGGGAGUAGGUUUUAAACUGACAAUAUGCUUUGUGACAUUGUUUGAUUAGUCUCUCAACAAAACUAUUUUAAUUUAAGUGAAAUGAUAAAGUUAGGAUGGUACAUACCAAAGAGCAGCAAUUACUAUUAAAAUCAAUUACGUAAUUGAUGUUAUCUCUUGAGACAACAGAACUGUGUUCGACUUCUGUGAGAUUUGACUUACAAGAGGCAAAUUAACAUAUCUUUGCAUGAUCUGAGAAAUUAUGUCCACUUGGCGAGUAUUCGUCUUAUGAAAUGUCACUUCUGCAGGCUCUUCUGUAGAUUGAUAUCAUCUAUUCCGAGAAGAAAGGGAGGUUUAGAAAUGUCAGCUAAUCAAAUACAUGUAUGUUUGACAACUUGAAGUUUCCCAAUGUAAAAUCACAUUUUUGUGUUGUUAUGGCUGCAGUAGCUCUCUUGAAUACUGUCUGCUUGUGAACUGAGUGAAAAUGUAUUAAAUUUGCUAUAUUUAUUUUGUUACAAAAUAUCAAUCGGAUGAUUAUUAUUUAACUUUCUAAACUAAUCCAUAUAUUUCUUUAGAAUUUUAAGAGGUUUUGUUCUUUUUUUCAUUGGGAAAUAUAUUCUGUUGGAUGUCUCUUAUGAUUUUUCCACUAAUUGAUGUUUUUAUGUAUGUUACUUUAAUUAUGAAAUAAGGAUUUUUUUUCGUUAAUUAAACCUCUCUACUUGCCAUUGUA